CUGCAAUAUACGACUCUGUCGUUAAUGUCUUAAAGUUUUCGUGAUUUUCACGUAGAAAAAAAUAAAAAAUAAAAGGAAAUUCAUUUACAUAAUAAAUUCACUGAAUUUUCAUAUGAAUCGUCGAGUUCUUUAAAUGUCUUAUAUGUUUAUAUGUUAGAGGGAACUUUAGUAAAAGAAUAAGAGCAUUUAUUUAAACAAAAAUUUUGCACAAAACUUAGACAACAUAUCUGAGGGCUUGCAUUAUUUAUAGAAAAAGUUGCUUUUAUGAAACAUGUCUCAGCGUAAUUCUGCUCGUGUGGAUCGUUUCGCUCAGAUGAGUAAACAAGAGGAACUGAUAGCGAAAAAACGUCAAGAGAUAUUGGAAAAACAGCGUACUUCCGAACUAGCUAAAGCGGUAGCAGCUGCUCAAUCGUUAGCUGCUAAGUUGAAGAAUAGCAAUGAGGAAAGUUCUCAAGAAGAAGAAAGGGCAGAUGACCCGUCAGUAGAUGUUAAAAAAAUGGAUGCCGAACCAUCUGCAUUUAUCAAUGCUUCGUCAAUCUCAUGCAAGUCAUCGUCCUUAAAUAGUUUCACGGGUAAAACCGGUAAAAUAAUAUUUGGUCAGAAACGUACCACUCCGGCACCACCAAUUGUUGAUCAACCACCAAUUAAAGUGCAAAAUAGCUUCUGCAAUGAUGGUUCAUUUUUAGAGAAUUUCAAAAAGAUUUUAGAAAAACAGCAGCAACCAAAACCAUUAUUGACUACAGUGACGGAAUCUAAAGUUUCCAUUAAUGUCGAUGAAGAAGCCAGCAGUGCUGACAAUACUGCCAUUGCAAUAACUGAGGCUACACAGACAACAACAACAGCUGUUGUUACAAGAACAGAUGCCAUACAUAACUCACAGCAGCAACCAUACCAGCAACAAGUAGGAACUAUAAUACCACCACCUCCUACACCGCCCGUGACGUUUGCAUUUAAUCCGGCAUUAAUAACAUCACAAAACCUACUCAUAUCGCAAGCAGUACCCGAUCAAUCUCUAGGUGGAACCGGAACGUCAACAAUACCGACACAUCCCGUGGCUGCUGCCGCUGCAGCUUAUUUUAGUGCACCACCACCGCCACCAACUACAGUAGCAGCAGCUGCAGCUGCUGCGGCAGCUGCCGCAAUGUUGAUGCCUAUGCACGCUGUGACAACAGCCAGCGCACCACCACCGCCCCCACCUCCUCAAUUACCGCUUGCCUUAGCUAAUUUAACACCGCUAUAUAUGAUACCAGCUCCGGAGCCAUUGCAACUGAAUACUAUUCCACAACCAAAAGAAUUUGAUUUAAAUGCCAUACCUAAGCCACAAAUGAAUUUGGAAGCUAUACAAAUACCGGCGGUUAACGAACAAGGACUUAACAUCCAGGCAAUGCAAACAAUGCAGCAACAGUCAACAGAAAUACAACGCCAAACACAACCACAAACUCAAUCGCAGCAUGAACUGACAACCGAAACAGAAAAUUUAACUGAUUUAUCGACCCUCGAAGAUCAUAACCAACUACAAGAGCAACAUGAGCAGCAGCAACAAUUUCACCAUCAGCAAAAUUCUGUACAACUGCAUCAACAAGUAGUUCUUUCAGACGACACAAUAACCAACACGAACGACAAUGAUGGCAUAACAAUCCAAAUGCCAACAACUUUAGAAAAUCUUAUCGAUUUGGUGGCCGACAAUGGUGAUGCCUACGAAGAGACAUUACGUGGCCAUAAAAAUCUAUUACAUCCAGCUAUGUGGUUUAUCUGUGAGAAAGACUGCGAAAAAUAUCAUCACUAUCGACAACAAGUAAUUGAUUGUCGUCAGGAAAAGCUGAAGGAACAACAGAAACGCGAAGAAGCUGAAAAAGAAAUAGAGAGAAGAACGAAGGGUGGCACAAGCAAAAAACUUAUCUGCAGUGUGGAAGAAGAUAAAUAUGAUCCGGAAUCAGUUAUAAGCGCUGAUAACGAUUCAGAUGACGAAUAUCGACGUGGAAUGAUGGAUCGUAAUAGAGAUAAUAUUAAGCGACGCAUAGAAUGUCGGAAUGAGUUAAGUGAAGAGGAAAGGCAGGAGCGCGAGGCUGAAGAACGAGACGCUCAACGCAAAUUAGAGAAGAAAAAGUUAAGAAAAAGUCGUUGGGGUGGUAAAGUUGAAAAUGCCAAUAGUUCGGCUUCAACAUCAAGCGCGCCUAGCAACUUCGGUAACCAAAACAAACCUCUACUUACCGCUAUUACGCGGAACGAUCCGGCUUUGUUACAAUAUGCUAAAUUAAACUAUGGCUCCACGAAUCUUAGCGAAGAGGAUUGGAAGAAAUGCGAAGAGCAUUAUAAGGUCAACUUAUUGUAUCAAGAUAUGAUGCGCAAACGUCAGGAAAUUGACCGGCUAGCACGUAGUGGUAAAUUUAAAUAUGAAUAUGACUCUGACGAAGACGUGGAUGGUGGAACAUGGGAACAUAAGCUACGACAAGCCGAAAUGGAAGCUACACGUGCUUGGGCUACGGCGUUGACAAAACAAAGUGAGGGUAAACAUCACAUAGGAGAUUUCUUACCGCCUGAAGAACUGAAAAAGUUUAUGGAACAAUAUGAAGCCAAAAAGAGUAAUCGUCAACCGGAUUUAAGCGAUUACAAAGAAUAUAAACUAAAAGAAGAUAAUAAAGGUUUCCAAAUGUUGCAAAAACUUGGUUGGAAAGAGGGUCAAGGGCUGGGCCAAGAUGGUGAGGGCAUUGUAGACCCAAUCAAUAAAGGCCCACAAAGAGAGGGUAAUCAAGGUUUGGGUGUGCAAAAUGCAGCUUCUCCGGAAGAAUGUGAUAAUGAAUACGAUGCCUAUCGAAAACGUAUGAUGUUAGCUUAUCGUUUCAGACCUAAUCCUUUGAUAUUAUGCUCACCGACAUGCACGAUCUCCUUAACAAACUCCUCCGCGAGCAUCCGGAGGUGUGGCGUUCUUGCCGGACAUCAAAGAACGGAAUCUACGAUGAAUUGGCGCGCAGAUUUAACGAAAAAUCAAACCGUAGAGUAACUGUCACGUGGCUUGCAAAGACCCUAGACCGAAUCAGAAGAACGAUAAAAAAAAUUGAGGAAGGGUCGUCCCGUACCGCUCUUACCGCAU